UGGCUGAAUAUAGCAGGGGUCUUCCCCAUCCUAGAAUCUGUUUCCUUCCUCUUUCUGUUUACCUCCUCCACCGGCCCCACACUGAGAAUUACUUAGUUAAAGCACCAGGGCAAUGGUCGUCAGUGGGGGGCUAGUCCUGGGACUCUACACCUUGAUGAGCCUCCUGAGCCCCCAGGAAACUGGGGCUAUCAAGGAUUCAGCUGAUCACAUGGGCUCCUAUGGACCAGCCUUCUACCAGUCUUAUGGUGCCUCGGGUCAGUUUGCUUAUGAAUUUGAUGGGGAACAGCUGUUCUCUGUGGAGCUGAAGAAGAAGGAGGCUGUGUGGCGUUUGCCUGAGUUUGGCAAUUUGGCCCACUUUGACCCACAGAACGGGCUGGCCAGCAUCGCGGUGAUCAAAGCCCAUCUGGAUGUCUUGGUGGAACGCUCCAACCGCACCAGAGCCACCAACGUGCCUCCGAGAGUGACGGUACUCCCCAGGUUCCGAGUGGAGCUGGGGCAGCCCAACGUCCUCAUCUGCAUGGUGGACAACAUCUUCCCUCCUGUGAUCAAUAUCACCUGGCUGCGCAACGGUCAAAUAAUCAUCGAGGGGGUGGCCCAGACCAGCUUCUAUUCCCAGCCCGACCAUCUGUUCCGCAAGUUCUGCUACCUGACCUUCGUGCCCUCUGCAGACGACAUGUACGACUGCAAGGUGGAGCACUGGGGCCUGGAUGAACCGCUUCUGAAACACUGGGAGCCCCAGGUGCCUAUCCCAGUGCCAGACACCACCGAGACUCUGAUCUGCGCCCUCGGCCUGGCUCUCGGCCUGCUGGGCUUCCUUGUGGGCACCCUCCUCAUCAUCAGAGGCACGUGCUUGUCCAGAGCCCGCAGGUAAUGAACCUUCCGAGAACGAAAGAUUGUGGGAGAUGCUCUAUGGAUUCCUUGCAAGUUUCUGACAGCCCUUGCAUACUCAGUGCUUCUGUCUACUAAGUAUAUCCCUACGG